AACGCUGAGUGGUCGGGUCCCUUCGGCAGAAGAGGCGUAAAUGGCCGAAGAGGCGCGAGCGGCGCGGGCGGAGAGGCUGCCGGGAUCGCGGCGGACCGGCGGGCGGGGCUGGCAAGAUGGCGGCCACGAGGCGAGGGAGAGGCUCCUCCACAGUGGUAUCCUGCUGCGACAUCCCUUCUCCAAGACGGCACCCAAAGAGCUGCACUGCUGGCCAAAGCAGUGAGCUUUCCACCCUCCCACCCACCAUUUCCAUAAGCUGCCUGAUUUUGCUUUUAAGAGGGUGAGGUGUUCCCUGAGAGAUUUAGAGUUAAUUAACUUCCUCUGAAUGGGGGAUGCUGUCUCUAUCACCACCUGCUGAGGCCCCUUCCAGGAGACUGCCAGAUCAGCUGAGCUCUGCAGACUGCCCAGCACCCCCAGGGAACUGUCACCUGCCUCUACCCAAGCCAGUAGCAGGAAGAUGACAUCCCUUCACUUUGAAUGACUACAGACUUGUUUUAGCACAGAUAAAUAUGCAGGGUACCAAGGCUAGGAAGUUGCUGGUGGAUGUUUGUGUGCCCAGGAGAGAAGUAGGUUUCCUCUGAAGAAAACGAAAGAAGUCCUUUUCUUUCUCUACCUUAUAACUGGGCCAGCUAUCCUCUGGCCAGCCCUGCCUAUAGUCGGCGGGGACUAGGGUUGCGGUGCUCAGAUCCAUGGUGGGCCUGGCUGGUAGUGGGUCCACACUGGGAGCAAGCACAGAACAGAAGCCCCAGACAGGCAGGGAGCCACUGGCUGGGUCUCCAUGGCCACCGUGGGUGCCUAUCUGCCAGAGCCUAAGCCAGUCCUGAGGGUUUGUAGCCACAGAACAGAUGGCAGAACCAGCCUGCCCCUCUCCUCAGCCGUGUGGGAGGUGCUCCUGAGUCUCUUGGGCAUGAGAACCCUUAACCGGCGACCAGCUUUCUUCGGUUCCUCUUCAAAUGCUGUUUUAUCUCAGUGGAAUGUACUACGCCCUUUACUUCCUGGCUACACUCCUGAUGAUUGUAUAUAAAACAGGCCAGGUGUUCAGCUACCCUUCUGCCUACCUGGCUCGCGACCUGAUCCUGCUGUUUGUUAUGGGAAUUCUGGAAGGAAUUCGGUUAUACUUAGGCACCAAAGGAAACCUGACAGAGGCCGAGGGCCCACUGGCCGCCAGCCUGGCUCUCACUGUGGGCAGUGCCCUCCUCUCUGCCCACUUCCUGCUCUGGCAGACCCUUGUGCUGUGGGUGGACUUGGCCCUCAGCACUGUGCUCCUGGUGCUCCACAGCUUGGAGGCCGCGCUGCAGGUGGUCGCCAUCGCUGCCUUUGUCAGAUAGACUCAGGCUCCAGGGACAACCCUGCAGAAGACCCCCAGCUGUCACCACCCCUCUGUGCCCUGCCCCUUGCUGAAUGAGCAGGGUAUUUUCCCUACUGAUAGGUGAUUUUGGUAAGUUCACAUGGAUUUUGUCAGGGGUAGGGAGCAGGAAUCAGGGCAGAACAAGCUGCUGGGGGCCCAUAUGUCAGGAGCUGAAGCAGAGGGGACUCGUGUUGUCCUGGGCAGCCACCAAGGUGAACCCAGGAUACCUGCCAGACUGCGGUCUGCUUUCAGUGGCCCCCAGGCCGAGAGGGAGUAUAGAGACCUUCAGAAGGGGCUUCCGGGGCCUUCUCUUGCUAUUCUGAGAAGACAGUAUGCUCUAAGUCCAGGCCCCAUGUGAGAUUUCCCCAGAGGGGCCGCAGCUCAAGCCUGGGUGGAACCUGGCACCCUGGUUUCCAAAAGAAAAUAAACGGGCCAGGUGCAAUGGCUCACCCCUGUAAUCCUAGCACUCUGAGAGGUCAAGGCAGGCAGAUUGCUUGAGCUCACAGGUUCAAAACCAGCCUGAGCCAGAGCAACCCCAUGUCUAAAACUAGUCAGGCAUUGUGGCAGGCACCUAUAGUCCCAGCUACUUGGGAAGACGAGGCAAGAGGAUCCCUUGAGCCCAGGAGUUUGAGCUUGCUGUGAGCUGUGAUGCCACGGCACUCUACCAGAGCAACUAAGUGAGACUCUGUCUCAAAAAAAAUAAAUGCAAACAAGCCAGGCAACUCUGAUGUUUGGGGGGUAUUUUCACCUCAGCCGCACUCCAUUUCUCCUGGAGAUUCUGAAGAGGGUGAGGGCAGGAAGGCAGAGAACACUUCUGCGUGAAUUUCCGUGGUCUGCAGCAUUUGUGUUUACUGCUGCAUGAAUUCUCUGUGGCUUCUUUCCAAUUCCCAGAUUUAAGGUAAAUUCUCCUUAAAAGUAAGGUGUUAUUUUAUAGUAGUUGUCCCUUCAUUUGUUUUUGUUUGUUUUCUGUUUGGAAUAACAUUAUGUUCAAAUGUCUAGAUGUUGUCUCAUCACCAUGUUUUGAAAUAAAGAAAUGUUUGUACCU